GUGACAGGAGAAGAAAGAAAAAAGAAUACGAGUCUUGUGUUUAGACUUUAGCAACCACACCACACGGUGGCUUUGCGAAGAAAGCUAAGUAAAAUAAGGGGCGUUGAAUUUCUACAGUUGAGAGUUCUUCCCCACUUUCACAUACUUGGACAAAACCGUUUCUUCUAUAUAUUAAAAUCUCUCUCUCUCUCUCUCUCUGAUUCAGAACGGUUGUGAGAAUCAAAGUAUCAAAAGAUGGGUAGUGUGAGUGUGAACCCUUUGUUUAGGAGUGAAUCCUUUGGAUAUUACUACUACUUAAACUACCCUGAUCAGAACAACAAUAACACCAUGUUGGAGAAGAGACAGGUAUUCCUGAGAAGCUACCAGUUCUGCAGGAAGAAGAGUCUGACAGAGAGAAUCAAAGGGUCUUUGGUUCGUGCCAAGAAGAUUGUCUGGCUGAGGCUAAGGUCUGCUUGCAAACUGAGGAAGUUCAUCUUCUUUUCAAGGUUCAAAUGCGCUUUCUAUUACCGCAGGAGAAGGUUCUUCCACCUUCUACACACCAACAACAACCGCAAAACCGAAUCUUCCUCGUGUUUAUGGUAAAUUAAAGAGACACCACAACUCGUCUCACUCAUAAACCAUCUAUUAUUCUUUUGUUUCUCUUUUUUUAUUAUUUGUUAACUAGUUACGGUUUCUCUACGAGUUUGUGAUGCCAAUUUGGAACUGCUGCUAUACAUGUUGUUCAUCAAUGUCAAAAAAUUUGGCUUUGCUUCUCUUUCUUUUCCUUGUUGGAUCAUGUCUCCCUGAUGGCGUUUUCAGAAGUAGAGAUAUAUGGAAAACAUCAAAUCUUGUCCCUCUUAACUUUAGGUUAUUUUCUAGAUAAAGAGUACAAAAAAGUGAAGGAUGGAGAUAACUAUAUGUAAUAUAUAGACUAAUUUAAUCAUAUUUAGCAUUUCCAUGCUCACAUAUUUUCAUUUUUUCACCAAAAUUGAAGCGUUUGUUGGGCACUGAAAAAAUGGUCAAUUCUAAACCGGGAUUUCAUGCAUGUUAUUAGAACUAGAAACUUAGUCCCAAUAUUAUAAUAAUAUGUGCACAUACUCCAAUGAACAUUAGCACGUCAUGUUCUAUGGGAAGUGCUUCAAGAUGCUAGGUGCUCUUUGAUCCGGCAAAGCUGCAAGAGCUAAGGGUGAUGGUUGGGGACCCUUUGUUUGUUAAAGAGAAAAGGUGGGAAGUUCAAAGUUUGAGUUCUCUAGGAUGAAACGAAGCACAAAAAAGUGCUUCUAAGUUCCAGGUUUGAAAAUUCGAUUGGUGAACAGAGGUUAUUUGCAUUAAAAAGUUGUACCUGUACACCAUAAUUAUAUGAUUUUUUGGUACAAUAGAAAAGUAAUAAGACGUGAGAAAAGGCUGUAGAAGCAUGUUAGUUUUGUAACUUAAUAAUUUUCUACUUUCCCAGCUGUGUGGCAUGCAUUUGCCGUUAAAAUGGUCCAAUUUAAGUUUCAAGGGUUUUUCAUAUGAUUCAAUUGACUUUAAGAUUCACGAGGUGACCAUCAAAUUUAUGUAUGAAGAUGAGGGAUAGUGUGAAAAGGGAGAACCAUUCAACGAAAAAAGUUACUUAAAUUCAUAUUCACUGUCCAAUACAAGGUACACCUUCCAAUGAAUUUUUCAUCUGUCUGA